AUGCACAAGUCCAAAGAAGAACAAGCCAAUAAUGUUACCAGCUCCCAGUACCAGCGUUCCAGGACGUGCCCGGAGCCACAUCAUUUGUACUUGGACGGAGACAUGUUCCUACAAGCAUUAAAUGGCUUUUUGGUGAUGCUCACCUGUGACGGGGAGGUUUUCUUUGCGACACAUACCAUAGAAAAUUACCUUGGCUUCCACCAGUCCGACAUCGUUCACCAAUCAGUGUACGAACUAGUGCAUUCCGAGGACCGAGAAGAGUUGCAGAGACAGCUCAUGUGGAAUUCGGCCAUACCCACGGAACCGGGGUCGCCGUCUCCGUCCAUCACAUUGCACGAGGCCUUGCACCCGGAUAACGGCCGUCUGUUGCAGCGUAGUUUCACCAUCCGUUUCCGGUGUCUGUUGGACAACACUUCCGGUUUUUUGAGACUAGACGUCCGCGGACGGAUCAAAGUAAUUCAUGGCCAAAACCGCAAGUCAGACGAACCACCACCAUUGGGCCUUUUCGCGCUAUGCACGCCGUUCGGCCCACCGUCUUUACUUGAAAUACCGCACAAGGAAGUCAUGUUUAAGAGUAAACAUAAACUAGAUCUCAGCCUAGUGUCUAUGGACCAAAGAGGCAAGUUAUUAUUAGGUUAUUGUGAUUCCGAACUCGCUAAUAUGGGAGGAUACGACUUAGUCCAUUAUGAUGAUUUAGCGUACGUCGCCAGCGCCCAUCAAGAACUGUUGAAGACUGGAGCAUCAGGAAUGAUUGCAUACAGGGUGCAGACCAAACCGGGCACAUGGCAAUGGCUGCAAACUAGUUCCAGACUGGUUUAUAAAAACUCAAAACCUGACUUUGUGAUAGGCACGCACAGGCCUUUAAUGGAAGAAGAAGGCCGCGAUUUGUUGGGCAAGCGAACCAUGGACUUUAAGGUCAGUUACUUGGACGCGGGACUGACGAACAGCUACUUCAGCGACUCGGAACAACUGUCCGGCUCGCUGACGACGUCCACCACCGCCGCGUCCACCGCCGGUUCCGGUACAACCGGGUCGGCUGGUCAAACGCAACCGUCGCAGCCUAGGCGCCGGUACAAAACGCACCUACGGGACUUUCUGUCGACAUGCCGGACGAAGCGGAAACUGUCGGCGAGCACCGCGACACCUGCACCAACGGUGGCGGCAACCGUGGCCGUCGAAUAUCCGGCGGCCGUCCAGGCGCCUUCGUUGCCCUCCGUACCGCCGCCGACCGCCGACGUCCUUUACACGAACCUAAACACGGCGGCGCUGUACUCGGCCGGACCUUACAACGGGGCAGUAGUCGCUGAUAACGGUGGAUACCAUCAGUCGAAUUUCCAUCAGACCCUCUACGACACUCGAAUACCGUACCUGACGGCUACAGACAACCUGUUCCAGUAUAGGCCUUUGGGCAACUAUUACACCGAAUAUCACACACCGGCCACUACACCAUACAUGGGCAAUGGGUUUUUGGACAUAAGUCCCAGGGGACCCGUGCAGUGUGGUCUGCCUACAUACGAUCAGCUGACCACGGUGACGACGGCGACUGUGGGCGGCAGAGAAUGCGGUGACAAGCUAUACGGAUCGCCGCCAGUGGUGUCGAUGGAUCACCAGCAACAACAGCAGCAACACCUACACCACCACCAUCACCACCACCAGCAGCAGCAGCAACAACAGAGUGGCGAAGACAACAUAGGAAAAUGUCACAUGGACACGUCCACGGCCGCCGCCGCCGGUCUACCGUACCUGGUGCCAUUGUGCGACGUUCAGUUCCGCACGAAGAGCUCCUCGCCACCGGUGCCGAAUGGUCUAAAAAUCGAAGACUCAAAAUCCGAAUACGGAAUGCAAUCGUCAGAUUCGGACGUCCCCAGACAAACGGUACUCAUGUGGGGCACGUGUGUUGGGGACUCUUCGUCGUCGUCGCCGCCCAACCAAUCGCCGGGCGGCGGCGGCAACGGUGUUAAUAAUAAUAACGGAGGCGGCGGCGGCGGCGUUGGCGGCGGUGUUAACGGCAGUGGCAGUGGAACGGGAGGAGGUGGUGCUGGUUGUGCUAACGGUGGUGCUGGUGGUGGUGCCAGCGUUACUGGGAAUGUAGGUAGUGGUAGUGCCGGUGGCGACGGUGGUGGUGAUCCGAGGACGUCACCGCAGAUCAACGGCCAUCCACCGUCGCCGUACGUGCAGCGGAAGAAAAUGUCACCACCCGCGCCGCAACAGCCACCAACCGGAAGUCCAUCCGACCAGCUUUGCAAGUCUCAUCAACAAGCGGACAUGCCAGACACACCGCCUAGUCCGACGGUGGCGGCUGCGGCGGCUGCAGCAGCGGCAGCCGCGUACGCUAACCACCAUCACUACCAUCACCAAAACCAGUAUCAUCACCACCAUCAUCAUCAGCAGCAUCAUAUGACCGGGGGCCCUGAGGUAUGGACACCCCCGCACGCGCACCCACCACCACCACCACCUCCACCGCACCACUUCUAUGCUUAUCACCACCACCACAGCAACAACAACAACAACAACAACAACACCACCACCACCAACAACACCACCUCCACCACCAACAGCAGCAGCAGCAGCAACAACAACAACAACAACAACAACAACAACAACAACAGCAGCAGCAGCAGCAGCAGCAACAGCAGCAGCAGCAGCAGCAGCAUGGUCGAUGCCUAUCAUCACGAUCCGUACCACCACAACAACUACUAUCAUCUGUACAAUCACACUGCUCACCACCAAACCGCUGUAAUGCCGGCGCCGGCGCAGUACCCGAGUCCGUCUCAGUCCCGGUUAAAUCACAGGACUGCAGUCCUCUGUUGUCCAUCUCGGAGGUGA